AUGCUGCUCUUCGCUGCGUUGGCGUCUUUGGCCUUGCAAGAAUGGGUUGAAGGUAUCGCUAUCCUCGCCAUUGUCACGCUGAACGCAGGCGUGGCGACGUACCAAGAACACUCCGCCAGUAACGCGUUAGCCGCGCUUGCCAGUCUGUCCAGCCCGCAGUCGCUUGUCAUCCGUGACGGGAUGCAACAGGUGGUGGACAGCAAGCAGCUGGUGCCUGGAGACAUCGUGAUCCUCGUCACAGGCGACGGUGUGCCUGCUGACAUUCGGCUGUUCACUAGUGUCGAUCUCAAGUGUAACGAGAUGCUGCUCACGGGCGACUCGGAGGAUGUCCCCAAGAAAUACAACGCUCCGAUCCACCCCGCUGGAGCCGGCAAACCUGCCAAGUUGACAGCGAGUAACAUGGUCUUCUCGUCCACGACGAUCACCGCCGGCAACGCUCGUGGUAUUGUAGUGGAGACUGGUAUGAACACGCGGGUGGGCUCCAUUGCAGCUCUACUACAAGCCAAGAGCGGCACGGAUGCGUCUGCAGAGAAGAAGUGGAUCCGUAACCCUCUUGGUGACUGCAUCGCCAAGCACCGUCCGAAGCUCACGCCUCUGCAGCGAGCUCUACACCACACUGGGUACGUCAUGGGUCUCAUCGCGGUGGGUGUGGCCAUCCUCGUGUUUAUCGUCGGUAUGAUCCGCGGCAAUGAAGAUCCUCGUCACCCGGACAGACCCACGUACUUGACUAUGAUUAUGGCUGCUGUGUCUGUGGCCGUGAGUGCUGUUCCCGAGGGUCUACCGAUGGUCGUGACUAUCUGUCUGUCGUCCGGUACGGCCGAGAUGGUCAAGAAGAAUGUGCUUGUACGUAAACUCGCGUCAGUGGAGACGCUAGGCGCAGCGUCGGUCAUCUGUACCGACAAGACGGGAACAUUGACGGAAGGCAAGAUGACUGCAGUGAAGCUCUGGGGCGAUUUCCGCGAGUAUUCAAUCACUGGCAAGGGGUUCACACCUGAAGGCUCUAUCCUCGCUUCGGACGGUAGCAGUCAAGGCGAACCGGAGGCCGGAAAUGUGCAAGUUCGCGCGACUUUGAUGGCCUCGGUGCUGUGCAGUAACACGCAACUCAAGCAAGUGGAAGGGGACGACGGCGAGACUCCACGUUGGCUUCCGUUUGGCAACUCGUCCGAGGCGCCUUUGGUCGUUGCAGCCGCUAAGGCAGGCAUCUGGGAAGAUAGUCUGCUGGAAGACUAUCCUCGGCUAGUGGAAGUACCGUUCAGCUCAUCACGUAAGAUGAUGGUCACAGUGAACGCCCUACCUGUGGUGAAUGGCAUGGCGAUGUUCGAUACGUUGGCGCUUCCAGGUGACCAGCCGCCCAAGCUGGUGGCUAACGUGAAGGGCGCACCGAACUACAUUUUACGCAACUGCACCCAGUACUGCCGGAAGGAUGGCACGUUCGAGACGUUGAACAACGUACAGCGUCAGGAGAUUCUCGAGGCGGUAGAUGCGCUCUCGUCGCAGGCGCUGCGUGUUCUUGCUGUGGCUAUCCAGCCGAUGCACGAAUUGCCGUUCGGGGAAGACUGCGACGAUGUGGACGAGAAGUUUGAAGCCUUGUCCAAGCCGUUGGUGUUCCUCGGACUGGUGGCGUCUAUCGACCCGGAACGUGACGGCGUGCGCGAUGCCAUUGCCACUGCACGAGCUGCUUCCAUCCGUACGGUGAUGAUCACUGGCGACUACCUCGCUACGGCUGUUGCUAUCGCCAAGAACAUUGAUUUGCUACAAGUGGGCGCGGACCCGGAGGCUCAAGCAACAGACUGCACGCAGCUUCGUCCGAAUGGAGACGUGUACUUGCCCCCCGCUGACAUCGACGAGAUCACGUCACGCACGUUGGUGUUUGCUCGUGCCAAGCCCGAAGACAAGAUCGAGAUCGUGAAAUCUCUUCAACGUCAAGGACUCAUCGCUGCUAUGACUGGAGAUGGUGUCAACGACGCACCAGCGUUGAAGGAGGCGGAUAUCGGUGUGGCCAUGGGGAUUUCAGGCACGGAAGUGGCCAAGGGAGCGUCCGACAUGAUCUUGAUGGACGACAACUUCUGCAGUAUCGUCACGGCUGUGGAGAAGGGCCGCGUCAUCUACGCCAACAUCCAGAAGUUUGUCAUGUUCUUGCUGUCCACGAACAUCGGAGAGAUCAUCCUGAUCUUCAUCUCGGUGGCUGGCGGGUUCCCGCUUCCUCUCGAGGCGCUGCACAUUCUGCUGCUCAACCUAAGGGCGACCCACACAUCAUGGCAGACAAACCACGUCACAAGCAGACUUCGCUGA